AUGCAUUCGCUUAGAGGGCUGGUGGCUUCGGCCUUACUGCUCUUUGUUAUCUCCUGCAACGGACAGCCCCUACACCCAUCUCACGAUACUGGCCAUCUAAGAGACUACCAACCAGGUCGUUCUUUGGCUGAUUAUGAAGCUGCUUCUGUGUUGAAGAAGGUUUUAAGCCAGCCCAUGCAUACUGGGGAUGGGAUACGUAAUCUAGUAUCCAUCGCCAGAGAAGAGUUAGCUGCCCAAGAGGCACAGAACGACGACCAAACGGUCAUGAGGACCGACAGUCAAUUACAAAAUACUGAUACCGAAGCCCUCCAUCAGGAUGUAAAGGACGACUCGCCAUCAGUAUCACCUUCACAAACAUCCGGUUACUCUCCCGACGCAUCUGGCGUCAUUGCCAACUCCCGCGACUACGAUUUUCUCCCGGACGAGCUCAACGGGUACGCUGGCAGCAGCCCGGGGUGGCUUCGCUUAGUCAAAGAAUCCGGUAUUAGCACAGCUGGGAGUUCUGGCCGGGUUGAAUUCCUAACUCCUGGGAUAAUAAUAACAGGCGUAGUCAUUCUGCUCCUUGUCACCAUUGCAUUCUUUGAUUUUAUGCAGUGGAUUCACCUCAAACGAUCAAGACCACGCCGAAGGCCAUCGAUGGCUUUCUUCAUCAUAGAUGGAAAGGCGAUUCCCGAAAUCAAAUACAGCGACGAGGACGACUACGGCCGAAGGGAGAUGACGGUUCCAUGA